AUGCCUUUUGGGUUAAAGAAUGCGGGAGCAACUUACCAGAGGCUGGUAAACCGUAUGUUCGAACACCAGCUCGGAAAGACCAUGGAAGUCUAUAUCGAUGACAUGCUGGUAAAAUCAAUGGAAGCUAGCUCGCAUCUCGCGGAUCUGAAAGUUUGCUUCGACAUCCUGAAUCAGUUCGAGAUGAAGCUUAACCCCUCGAAAUGCACUUUUGCAGUCCCAUCAGGGGAGUUUUUGGGGUAUAUCGUCACAGAAAGAGGAAUCGAAGCGAAUCCGAGGCAGAUUAAUGCCUUCUUGUCUAUGAGUUCUCCUAGGACUUUACGCGAAGUGCAACGCCUUAAUGGACGGAUCGCAGCCCUCAACCGCUUCAUCUCUCGAUCUACGGACAAAUGCCUCCCGUUCUACCAGCUGUUGCGAAAAGGGGGAAAAAACUUCUUAUGGGAUGCGAAGUGCGAAGAGGCGUUCGCUCAGCUCAAAGCCUAUCUGUCUGAACCGCCGGUCUUGGCUAAGCCCGAGUUCGGUGAGCCACUCUUUCUUUACGUAGCUGUCUCGGACAGUGCAGUCAGCGGAGUCUUGGUUCGGGAAGAACGGGGGGAGCAACGACCAAUUUACUAUGUCAGUAAGUCAUUUACUGGGGCGGAGUCCAGGUACCCUAUGAUGGAGAAAUUGGCCCUAGCAGUUGUCACUUCGGCGAGAAAGCUGCGACCUUACUUCCAGUCCCAUACAAUCAUAGUCCUGACGACGCAACCACUUCGGACGGUGUUACAUAGUCCGAGCCAGUCCGGGAGACUAGCUAAAUGGUCUGUCGAGUUAAGUGAAUACGACAUCGAGUUCCGGACUCGAACCUGUGCUAAGGCGCAAGUGCUGGCCGAUUUUUUGAUCAAACUCCCACUAGCCAUUUCAAUUAGCGACAACGUUGAAGUCCCAUGGACGUUGUAUGUUGCCAGCGCUUCUUCCAGAUCGGGAGCGGGAAUUGGGGUCCGCCUCACUUCUCCUACUGGCGAAGUAAUUGAGCACUCAUUUCGCUUGGCUUUCAGCGAGUCAAACAAUGAAGCCGAGUAUGAAUCCUUCCUUGCUGGUUUACGCCUCGCAGUUGGGAUUGGAGUCCGACGACUCCAAACUUUUUGCGAUUCGCAGCUGGUCACCAACCAGUUUUUGGGGGAGUACGAAACAAAGAAUGGUCGUAUGGAGGCUUAUUUGUCCACAGCUCGAGAGUUAGUCGCUAAAUUCGAGGAUUUUGAAAUCACUAAGAUCCCGCGAAGUGAAAACUCCGCUGCGGACGCUUUAGCAUCUCUGGCAUCCACUUCGGAUCCUGCGAUGACUAGGAUUAUCCCCGUCGAAGUCAUCCAGUUUCCAAGCAUCCGUCUAGAGAGCUCGAAUGUCGUCACCCGGGCAAAUAAAAAAAAGUUGGCUGCUAAGGAGGCAGCUCGCGAGGUGACUACGGACUCUUUGCCAUCAGAGGAUCCAGUCCCCGCUAUGCCUACUCCGAUGGAAGUUCACCCACCUCUGGCCGAACUAGACGCGAGUCAAACUCCGGAAUCGUCGAGCUCAUCAGUUGACAAUCAAGCUGUUAUCCCACAUACUACUUCGGGCAGUGCGAGUUCUAACAGCUGGGCGGCAGGUGAUUGGUGGAGCCCGAUCUGGGCUUACUUGCAAAAAGAGGAACUCCCAGCUGACAAAUGGGCGGCCAGGAAACUCAAGAUUGUCAGUGCACGGUAUUGCAUCUACAACGGAAUACUCUUACGCCGAAGUGUAGCUGGUCCUUAUCUAACAUGUGUUGCCGGUAAAGAGUCUGCGAUGCUAAUGCGAGCUGUUCAUGACGGUCCCAAUGGGAAUCACUCCGGAGGUCGGACUCUGGCUUUCAAAAUCAAAAGGCAAGGCUACUUCUGGCCCACUAUGGUCACGGACUGCGAAAAUUAUUCUCGAGCUUGUGAGAAAUGCCAAAAGCACGCCCCGUCAAUCCACCAGCCUACCGAGCUCCUGUCUUCGGUGUCCGCACCUUACCCAUUCAUGAGGUGGUCUAUGGACAUAAUUGGUCCAUUGCAUCGGGGACCAGGAGGAGUUCAGUACGUGCUCGCUCUUACCGAUUAUUUCUCUAAAUGGGUGGAAGCAGCGGCCUACGUUAAGGUAACAAGGGAAGAAGUGGAACAGUUCGUGCUGAAAAGUAUAAUUUAUCGCUACGGUGUUCUCCGCGAAAUCGUCACGGACAAUGGCCCACAGUUCAUCUCCUCGAAGUUUGAAGAGUUUUGCACGAAGUGGAAGAUUCGACUCAAUAAGUCAACUCCUCGUUACCCGCAAGGUAAUGGGAAAGCCAAGGCGAUGAAUAAGGUCAUUCUUGCUAACUUGAAGAAACGGCUCGAUUCUCGCAAAGGGCGCUGGCCAGACGAAGUGCAAGGCGUUCUUUGGGCAAUUCGAACAACACCUCGCCGGGCCACUAAUGAAACACCUUUCUCCCUGGUUUACGGAGUUGAUGCUGUAGUCCCAGCUGACAUAGAGGUCCCUGGAGUCCGUACUUCCUUGAACCCAUUCCGAGCUGAGGAAAAUGAGGAAUACCUACAGGAUACUCUCGACACAAUCAAUGAACGUCGGGACCAGGCCUUAGUUCGGAUCCAGAAUUACCAGAAUGCAGUAGCUCGGUACUAUAACUCCAAAAUCCGAGGCAGGCCCUUGGCAGUUGGCGACCUAGUCCUCCGAAAAGUCCACGAGAACACCGAGGAGCUCAAUGCAGGGAAGCUGGGAAUUAACUGGGAAGGACCGUACAGAAUUACUCGCGAGGUGCAAAAUGGGGUGUAUCAGCUCGAGGAUUCAGAGGGAAAACCAGUCCCGAGGUCCUGGAAUUCCUUACAACUUAAACUCUUUUACAGUUAA